AUGGUUGCCGAUAAAGGCCCGGUUGCCGUGAACAGUAUCAUCUCCUCUGGCUCAGAGAGUUACGAGGUGAAGAAGAUCCUGGGCUCAGGUGCUUUCGGGGUGGUCUCCCUGUGCCACAAGCUCUCUACUGACCAUAAGGUGGCGCUGAAGAUGAUCAACAUCAUUCAAGUCCUAGAGAACCCAGCAAACGAGGCUGCCAUGCUCCAUACCCUGAUGGAGCAGGGAGGUGCCCGCGCUCACAUCGUGGAGUGGUUUGGCUCCUUUUUCUUCAAGGACCACUACGUGCACAAGUUUGAGGUUCUGGACAUGUGCCUUGUAGACUAUAUCCAAAAGAACGGCACGCUCAAACUCAAGGAGAUUCGCCCACUCCUGCAUCAGAUGGGCACCGCUCUGUCCUUCCUAAAGACUUUAGGCAUCGUGCACGCUGAUCUGAAGCACGAUAAUAUCAUGAUGGUGGACACAGUCUCCAAACCUCUGCAGAUCAAGAUAAUCGACUUUGGCCUGGCUCGGCAUGUGUCCCACAUACAUCAGGGAAUCAAAGUGCAGACACGUAACCACAGAGCUCCAGAGGUGUUCCUGGGAGCACCGUACGAUCAAGGCAUAGACAUGUGGUCCAUCGGCUGCAUGAUCAUAGAACUGUUCCUUGGAUAUUUGCUGUUCCCCGGGUGUGAUGAGCACGAUCUGUUCUGCAGUAUAAUCAAAACUGUUGGACUUCCUUCAGAUGAGCUCCUGGAGAAGGGUCGGUAUACGAACAUGUACCUGACCUACGAAUACAACCGCUGGUUAUUCAAAAAUACCUAUGAGGUUGCUCCCACCACCUCGACGCUGGCCAGUGUGUUCAAAUACACUCCUGUGAAUGAAGCAGACAAGCGUGACAGUGAGUGUUUCCUGGACCUGGUGAGUCUGAUGCUGAAGCCAGACCCCGCAAAACGCAUCAGCCCAGAAGAACUUCUCAAACACCCCUUCAUCACCAUGGAACAUCUGAAAGCCUUAAGGGACCUUCAUCCAGAUCAUGUCUUGGAGUGUGAAAAGUCCAUGUGGGAUGUUGUGGGAUGUGUCGAACACAAAGAGCUGAGCUGCAGUGACAUAGACGAUGAUGAAGAGAUCUUUAUGGACUCCAGAUCUUCAGAGGAGAAGCACAGUUUACCUGCUGAAGAACCCAGAACUUCCACAGAGGAGAAGCCGAGUGCUCCAUCAAAGUCAUGCAAACGCAAACACGAGGAGGACCAGGACACAAUGUACAGUAAGAGACUUUGUGUGGGGCCAGUCUCUACACCUGAGGGCCCCUCCCGCUGUGAGGAGCCAGCCCCUGCUCCUGAGAGCCCCAUACGCUCAGUGCAGUCUGUGGUCCAGUCUAAAGUCUCCACAGUGAGAAGGAAAAGACGUCAUGAGACUGAGGCCGAGUCCAGUGACCUCCACCACGACUCUGAUCUUAAGUAUGGUAAGAGACUCUGUGUGGGGCCAGUCUCUACCCCUGUGGGCCCCUCCUGCUGUGAGGAGCCAAACCCUGCUCCUGAGGAUCCCAUCUGCUCAGAGCAGUCUGCGGUUCAUUCCCCAGACCACAGGAUGAGAAGAAAGAGACGUCAUGAAACUGCAGCCAUGUCCAGCGACUCUGACUCUGACAAUUCUCCAAAGAGACGCGUGGGGAACAUCCCAGACAUCAACCCAACCUGUGACUCUGAAGAAGCUGUUGGAAGCGCUCAGAGUCACUGUACAAAUGUGGAGGAUAACAGUAAACCCUCUGAAGACCUCCAAAAAUCUACAGAAGAGAAGCAGAGUGAACCGUCUCCAUCGCGCAAACGCCGAUGGAAGGAGGAUCAGGACACAAUACCUCUUGAAGAAGCCCUGCUGCUGUUCUGUAAGGAGAACUUGUCCUGUAAUAGACUCUGUGUGGGGCCAGUCAUUGCUCCCGAGGGCCCCUAUCUCCCUGAGGAGCUGGUCCCUGUUCCUGAAGGCCUCUCUCGCCAUGAAUCUUACAACAGCCUCAGCCUGGUGAAUGUGGAGUCUCCUCCUCAGAACAAAAGGAGUCCACGCCACAACGAAAGAAGUCCACUCCAGCAUGCAAGGAGUGGAGCAAAAAAGGACUCCACUGGAACUAGAAGAAAUCGGAAGAGGACGCAGUCCCUCCACUGA